ACCAAAGGAGAGGAGGCAGCCAGGCAGAGCAUUGCCUGGGUGGAUGGGAAGUUGAGCUUUCCUGGCUGUGGAGGAUAGAGGAUGGAGCAGCCAAGCCCGCCCACCCUAACCACCAUCUCUGUCUGAAAGGCUGAGUCAGCCUGCUCUGAGGCCCAGAACCUUCCUUUGCUGGACCCUAGAGCCUUUGUUUUUAGUCAUGAGGCCUGAAGGGGUGGGGACAGUGGAUAAAAGGUCCCAAAGGCAGUGUCCACACCCUUCUGCUGAGUUGCUGUCCACAUGAGGCCACCAACGCUGCCCCUGACCCAGGCCCUGCCCUUCUCUCUCAGAGAUGCCCUUCGAGGCACUGGCCUCCAGGUGCCCAUCAUUAAAAUGGGCACAGGUUGGGAGGGCAUGUAUCGAACCCUGAAGGAAGUGGCCUACAUCCUUCUUUGUUGCUGGUGUAUCAAGGAACUGCUGGACUAAUGGUGGCAGGGAACACCCCCAUCACUCCUGACACCUGAGACCUGCACCCCUCAGGUGGGGAGGGGAGGGCAGACUCUCAGGAGGUAUGGCUGCAGCUUCUGGGGUGGAACCUGCAGCCCAGCUCUCCCAUCUUUUCUAUAGCUCUAAGACUCCUGGAGCCAGCUGGCCUUCACCAAGGAUGGGCCACAAAGAACUGAAGAGUGAACCACGAACCUUGCUCUGAGCUGUCCAUCCAUCUGACCUGCCUCAUCCUGGGGCAUCUCUCCUCAGCUCCCCUCUCUGCUGUGCUCCUGGUAUGCGUGUGCUUGGCUCAGACUCCAUUGAGACUACGGCAGGAUCUAAUAUUCCUCCAAAAAUUGGCACAGCGAGCCCACCAACCCACAUACUUGAAGAACCAGGAAUGGACUGGCCCUAAGAUACCUGGAAAAAUGGAAAAUAAAAACAGUGCCACCGACAGCCACAGGUGGUGAUGACGGCUCCUUGGCUCCCUUAUCGGAGCCAGGGCUAUACAA